AUGGGUCUUGUUGCGUCGGACAAGGGAUUGCGGCGCACGACUUUGCCGCAGGCGUAUCCGGAGGACUGCAUAGAGCAGUUGGGCCACGCGAUUACGGAGGCGGCGCCUUCGCCCGCGCACUUCGAGGAUAUCAGGGAUAAGCUGGUGCGCUAUUUCGAGGGCGAAGAGGUGAGUUUCGAGGACGAACCCAUUGAUGUGGAGGACGCGUCGCCGUUUCACCGAGCCGCAUGGCAUGCUUGUCGCACGAUUCCGAAGGGUGAGACGCGCACAUACAAGUGGCUGGCGGAGCAGGCUGGCAAUGCGCUGGCGCCGAGGGCGGCGGGACAGGCAAUGGCGAAGAAUCGGCUUGCCAUCAUCAUCCUUGCCACCGCGUGA